AUGUCCACCACCGCACCAGCAAAAGAGAUCCCAAAAGAAGUCGAAGAAAAGGCCGGAGGAUUGAAGCCCGUCGUUCUUUUGAAGACUCCAGAAUUGGUCCAAGGCGAUACUUAUAUGGUUAUGCCAAUGCAUCAAUCACAGCCAUGCUUCAAAAAGGGAUUGAAAUACAGCGAAUUUGAAGACUUGACUCCAGCUCUUGCAGGCCAGACUAUUACCGUUAGAGCUCGUGUUCAAGCCGUUCGAGGAAAAGGUGGAAUCUGUUUCUUGUUCUUAAGAAAGGGUAUUUACACAUGCCAAGCUGUUGCUACUGUCUCUGAAACUGUACCAAAGGGUCUUGUCACGUUCUGCCAGAAAUUGUCUGCAGAGUCCAUUUGUGAUAUCACCGGUGAGGUCCAAAAAGUCGAAAAGCCCAUUGACAAAGCCACACAACAAGACGUCGAAAUUCAUAUCACUAAGAUCUGUGUCGUCUCAUUGGCGGAAGUCCCACUCCCAAUGCAAAUUGAAGACUUGACCUUCCCCAAUUCAGUCUUUGAGGAACAAGACAAGGAAAUUGCUCUUGUCGAUAAGAAGAUUGAAGAGUUCCUUGAGAAGAACAAAGGAAAGGAUCUCACUAAAAGACCAUUGAAAGACGAAUAUGCUAAGUUGACAAAGGAGAAGGCAUCUGCACAGAGAUAUGUCAAAGUGUCACAAGACAUGAGACUUGACAAUAGAAUGCUUGAUUUGAGAACAGUGACUAACAUCGCCAUCUUCAGAAUUCAAUCUGCGUGUUCCGGACUCUUCAGAGAGUAUUUGACAUCGAAGAAGUUUGUCGAGAUCCAUACCCCAAAGUUGAUUGGAUGCUCUUCAGAAGGAGGAUCUAACAUCUUCGAAGUCAAAUACUUCGACAGAAAAGCGUAUUUGGCUCAAUCGCCACAAUUGUACAAACAAAUGGCUAUCAUGGGAGACUUCAGAAGAGUCUUUGAAGUCGGACCCGUCUUCAGAGCAGAGAAUUCUAACACUAGAAGACACUUAACGGAGUUCGAAGGACUUGAUAUUGAGAUGGAAAUCAAUGAAGACUACCACGAGUGCAUCGAUGUUAUGGAAGGGAUCUUCACUUUCAUCUUCGAUGAGAUCCCAAAGAGAUUCCCCGACGAAUUGAAGGUCAUUAGAAAACAAUUCCCGUAUCAGGAUCUUGUGUACAGACCAUUUUUGAGAUUGAGGUAUAAAGAGGGUAUUGAGAUGUUAAGAGCAGCUGGCGAGACUAUUGGCGACUACGACGAUUUCACAACACCACAGGAGAUCUUACUUGGUGAGUUGAUUAAGAAGAAGUACAACACCGACUUCUACAUAUUGGAUAAAUUCCCAUCAGCGAUUCGACCAUUCUAUACUAUGCCAGAUGUCGAUGAUCCUCACUACUCUAACUCAUACGAUGUCUUUGUGAGAGGACAAGAGAUCACUUCGGGCGCUCAACGUAUUCACGACCCAGAAUUCUUGAUGAAAAGAUGCAUCGAAAAGGGUGUCGACCCAGCUACUCUUAAGGACUAUAUCGAAUCAUUCAGAUUUGGUGGUUGGCCACACGCUGGCUGUGGAAUCGGACUUGAAAGAAUCACUAUGCUCUACUUGGGAAUCCCUAACAUCAGAAAGGUCACUUUGUUCCCAAGAGACCCAAUCAGACUUAACCCAUAA